AUGUGGCAGAAAGUCUCGAUAAAAGGCUUACGUGCAACAGAACUAAUGACGCCUUGUUGCAUUUUAGGAUCACAGAACAAUGACUUGAAAAGACAGUUUCUGCUGGAGCGACUCCUGGAUGCAGUGAAACAGUGCCAGAUCCGCUUUGGAGGGAGAAAGGAGAUCGCCUCGGAUUCCGACAGCAGGGUGACCUGUCUGUGCGCCCAGUUUGAGGCCGUCCUGCAGCAUGGCCUGAAGAGGAGCCGGGGAUUGGCGCUCACGGCGGCCGCAAUCAAACAGGCAGCAGGCUUCGCCAGCAAAACAGAAACAGAGAGCCCGUGGUUCUGGUUCUACGUGAAGGAGGUCCUCAGCAAGUACGAGCUGCCACGCUUUCACUCCCAUGCCACAUCGCCGCGAUCCAGGAGCCGGGCCUGGCUCCACAGAUGCCCCCUGAAACCUUGUGAGCGGUACCUGCACAUGUCUGGUUUGACUGCAGGCCUUAGCACUUUUUAUGAAGACUGGUCUUUUGUGAUGGAUGAAGAAAGAUCUAGCAUGCUUCCCACCAUGGCAGCUGGUCUGAACUCUAUCCUCUUCGCAAUUAACAUCGACAACAAGGACUUAAAUGGGCAGAGUAAGUUUGCUCCUACCGUCUCAGACCUCUUGAAGGAGUCCACGCAGAACGUGACCUCCUUGCUGAAGGAAUCCACGCAAGGAGUGAGCAGCCUUUUCAGGGAGAUCACAGCGUCCUCUGCUGUCUCCAUCCUUAUCAAACCCGAGCAGGACACGGAGCCCCUGCCCGUCGUGUCCAAGCACGUCAGCACCGAUGCCAAAUGUAAAAAGGAGCGGAAGAAGAAGAAAAAGGUGACCAACAUCAUCUCGUUUGACGAUGACGAAGAGGAGAACUCUGGCGAUGUUUUUAAGAAGAUACCCGGGGCCGGGGAGAGUUCAGAGGAGAACUCCGACCGCUCCUCGGUCAACAUCUUGUCGGCCUUUGAAAGCCCCUUCGGGCCAAAUUCCAACGGAAGUCAGAGCAGCAACUCAUGGAAAAUUGAUUCUCUGUCUUUGAACGGGGAGUUUGGGUACCAGAAGCUCGACGUGAAAAGCAUCGAUGACGAGGAUGUGGAUAACAACGAGGAUGAUGUGUACGGAGGGAGCAUGUCCGGAAGGAAGUGCCUGGGACACUCGGGGUCGCCUGAGAAGCCGCUGGAUGCGAACGCCCGCCUCGCCCAGAUGCACAGCUGGGCCCCACUGCAGGUGCUCCAAGGUGACGCCGAUGUCCUCUUUCCGGUCAGCGGAGUGGGCUCGUAUGGCCCUGCAGAUGCCCCCCUUGGGAGCCUGGAGAACGGGACCGGACCAGAAGACCAUGUUCUCCCGGAGCCUGGGUCCCGGUACAGUGUGGAAGCCAGUCCUCCUGGCCAGGGAGGCCCUCUCAGCAGCCUGCUACCUUCCUCCUCGGUGCCAGAGUCGAUGACAAUUAACGAGCUGCGCCAAGCCAUCGUGGCCAUGAUGACCCGGAAAGACGAGCUGGAGGAAGAGAACAGGUCCUUGCGGAACCUGCUCGACGGUGAGAUGGAGCAUUCCGCUGCACUCCGGCAGGAGGUUGACGCGUUGAAAAAGAAGGUGGCUGAGCAGGAAGAGCGGCACGUCACGAAGGUCCAGGCGCUGGCAAGAGAAAACGAGGUGCUCAAAGUCCAACUGAAGAAAUAUGUAGGAGCUGUCCAGAUGCUGAAAAGAGAAGGUCAAACAGCUGAAGCUGUCCCAAACCUUUGGAACGUUGAUGGAGAAGUUGCAGUCACUGAGCAGAAGCCGGGAGAAGUCGCCGAGGAGCUGGCGAGCUCCUACGAGAGAAAGCUCAUCGAGGUGGCGGAGAUGCAUGGCGAGCUGAUUGAGUUCAACGAGCGCCUGCACAGGGCCCUGGUGGCCAAGGAAGCCCUCGUGUCCCAGAUGAGGCAGGAGCUCAUCGACCUGCGCGGGCCGGUGCCCGGAGAUUUGAGCCAAACAUCCGAAGACCAGAGUUUGUCGGAUUUUGAAAUAUCAAACCGGGCGCUGAUCAACGUCUGGAUCCCGUCAGUGUUUCUGCGGGGCAAAGCGGCGAAUGCCUUCCACGUGUAUCAGGUCUACAUCCGGAUAAAAGACGAUGAGUGGAACGUGUAUCGGCGGUACACAGAGUUCAGGGGUUUGCACCACAAGUUACAGAACAAGUACCCUCAAGUGAGGGGCUACAGUUUCCCACCCAAGAAGGCCAUUGGAAACAAGGAUGCCAAGUUUGUGGAGGAGCGGAGGAAGCAGCUGCAGAACUACCUGCGCAGCGUCAUGAAUAAGGUCAUCCAGGUGGCCCCCGAGUUUGCCGCCAGCCCCAAGAAGGAGACCCUGGUGCAGCUGAUGCCCUUCUUUGUCGACAUUACUCCUCCCGGAGAACCACUGACCAAGAACAGCCGACCCAAAGCGGCUUCCCGCUUCCCCAAGCUGUCCCGAGGUCACCCCAGAGAGACACGCAACGUGGAGCCCCAGAGCGGCGACCUCUGA